GAUUGAUGGUCUACAAGAAGAGUUGGCAAAAAUAUCUGCUGAGCAGUCAAGCCCAAUCAAUUUAGAUGUCUACGUCACCAAGUUAGCAAAUGCUCGUCAAAAAAUACUGAUUGUUAGUAACAUUCUCCAGGCAGCUCAGGAAAGGUUAAGGAAAGUUCAGAUUCAGGCAGAAAAAGAGCAAGUGCAGAUUCGAUCGCAGAUGUCCUAGCUUUGUAUAUUCCACAAAAAAAUAUGUCAAGCAGUGUUCCUAAAUUGGCUACUCCAGAUUGGUCGAGUGAUCUAUCAGAAAAUGUCUAUGAGCCAAGCGAAGACUCUUUUUUGCUCUUGGAUGCCCUCGAAUCAGAUCUCCAUUUCAUUCAAGAAAAAAUUCAGCCUCUGGUUUUGUUGGAAGUUGGCUCUGGCUCUGGAGUCAUCAUUACAGCUCUCAGCAAAUUUCUAGCUGCUCGUUCAUUUUGCAUAGCAGUGGAUAUUAAUUGGGAUGCGUGUGUAGCAACUUGUGAGACAGCCCGGAUAAAUGAUGCACAAGUUGACGUUAUUCAGAUGGACUUAGACUCUGCGCUGUGCCUAAACAAUCAGGUAGACUUGUUGGUGUUCAAUCCUCCUUAUGUUGUCACUCCUGAUGAGGAAAUUGAGUCAGGUGGAAUAGUUGCAUCCUGGGCAGGCGGUAAAACUGGACGGCAAGUUUUAGAUAGAUUAUUGGGAAACUUGUCAUACCUCCUCUCUAAAAAUUCUGUCGGUUAUUUUGUGGUCAUCGAAGAAAAUCAACCCGAGGCAAUAAAGUCGAAAUUACGAUCUGUUGGUUUUACCGCGGAAACAGUUGCGAAACGUAAAGUUCGCAACGAGGCUCUAUCCAUUUUGCGUUUCCAACCUCUGCUAUAGCUUUAUAUCUUGUCUCGUAAGUAACGUUUUGUAAUUUGUGUAUAAUGUAUAUUCUGUUUACUUUUUUUUUACUGUUUUAUAUAUUUUCUCUUAUUUAAAUUAAUUCAGGUUACUUAGUCGAAAGUUUUAUGAAAUGUUUAUUCUAAGUUUCUGUCAGGCUGAGUCCGUAACAUAACAAACCAGACAUAAUUUCUAUAAACAAAUCAAAAAUAAAACAAACUCUUUGAAAUAUCUACAACAUAAUGAAAGAUGAAUUCUUCAAAUUUUAUGAUGAAUUCAUGCAGUAUCUCUCACACACGUAUUUGUUCAAUUAAUACGCCCUCAAUAAAAUCGUUUAACGCUGAACACAUACCACGAGGAUGCAAAACUUGACGCUUCAAAGUCUUGCACUUAUGUUCUUUCUUCUAUAUGUAUGGUAUGCACAGCUCCAUUGUAUCCUAGUGUAAUGUCAAUGCUGUUUGCUGGGUGCCUGCAAAUUUGACACAAAAUCUUGGAAGAAUUUUCCCUCAGAAAAUUGGAAGAUUAAUUGGUCGUAUUGGAGAAUUCUAAGGUCUAUUUAAAAAAAAGUGUGUGGGAAUUACUUCUCGUUUUUUAAUCUAUUAAAUCAUUGCAUCGGUCAGAAAAUUUGGGGAAUUUUUUAGGUCUUUAUGUUUGAGAGCCAGAAAGAGCCAUGGUGUUAUGUAUCUAAAAAUAUUUUUUUCUUUUACUGUCUAUUAGACUUUUUAAUCCGUAUUUAUUAUCAUGGUUAUUUUCGCAAGGAUUUUGUUGCCUUUUUUUGUGAAAGAAAUUUUUUGUUUUAAAGAGUUUGAACUGCCUAUUAAUUAUUAUGUGAUGAUUUUUAUCAUAUUAGAAAUCACUAGUGGCACUAAAUAAGGUAAUUGGUGGUUUAUAUUAUUUGUUGAAAUAAAUUAGCUCAUUUUUUUUAAAAAAAAUUUUCUUGUUUUUUAAAGCUGUUUAAUCAUGUUAAGUAUAACAACUAAAAAGCCAAACAAUAAUGUUAUAAUGCAGGAAUUUUUUUCAUUACAAUGGAAAGGAGGUGGUGAGCUCCAAAUUGCACAAGUAUUUUUAAUUUUCUCACAAUUAAAUUAGCCAAUUUGCCACGGUACUCAAUUUAACUCGCUCAAGUUUCAUUAAUAGUAAAAACAGGCAACAAGUAUAAUUUUUUACACAAGAGCGGGCAAGCAGGUACGAACACCACAAGAAAUCUUGAUGGGCCUGUCAAUAUUUAGGAUAAUUUCAGACCAAUUUAUCUCCUUCUAAUGCAGAAAACCACUGAUUUGGGUCCGUUCAAGCACUAUAGGCUGAUAUUCUCAAGCACUAUAGGCUGAUAUUCCCAAUCACUCUUCUGAUCCCAGUCUGCCCCUGGUUUUUCAAUUAUUGUACGUCAUCAAGAGUCCUCUGUAAAAAUGUUGAAAUCAAGGAUAUUUAAUGCUAAA